AACUGGAAGAAUGCCUUGUUCCGUUUAUUAAUCACGUGACCUCGACUCAAAAGUCACAUGACACUUAUUCCAAGAUGGCGUUGUUGUUUUCAAGUACGUCCAGCAUCCAGAAAGCAGUGAGUUUCAUCAAUAACUUGGAUCCAAAAUUAUUUACUCCAAUAUUGUCCCGUAUUUUGCAGAAAAUAGACUUGAAGGAUGAGAGAUCCUUUACAGAAGAAGAAGAAAGCAAGCUGGAACAGACAUUAGAUCUACCUGCUGCUGACUUGGAGCUAAUGAUACAGUCUCUUGAGUUCUUUUUGCAACAGGCUGCUUACCAUUCAGCUAAACCAGCUGUGUUGAAACAGCAACUUGAGCAACUGGAGAUCAACGAAGAUAAGAUACAGGCGAUUGUUGAGGCAUGGUCAACGCAUGCCAAGGAAAUACUUCAGAAGUUAAGACAAAGAACACUGGUACCAGAUCAGUUGAAUGCCAUCAACUGGCGGCUCAACUUGGAGAUGGCCAAUGGUAGUCGAUCAAAAAUGAAACAACCUAAUGCAAUGUUUGAACUGAAGAUAAACCGAGAAGGCAAACAGAACGCUGAAAAACUACAAUUAGAAUUUUCACACCAGGAACUGUAUAAUUUCUAUAACCAGCUUGAAACCAUACAGAAACAGUUAGAUAACCUUGAUUGAUUGGCAUUCCAGCACAAAAUAUUUAUAACCCAUUGAUGGCAGUUGAACCAAAUUGCCAGACAGAAUAAGGGGCUCUUUGUUAGUUUGUUUUUCUCUUUUGAUGUGAGAAAAUUGCCUUCAGUCUGAGGUAAAGCAUAAAAGAGAAAAUACUGUGUCUUUAAAAGAAAAUGUCAGCUCAUUUGGUAUACAUAUUUAUCGUUACUCUAUACAAGAAUUAAGUAUUAAUAGCAAACCACAAUGCACUAAAUACAUCACCCAAUCUAGUUGUAAAUUCUGUUGUCUGAGUUACAUGUUUUAAAAACUACAGCUGCAGACAGCUUCUGUAGGCAGUUGCUACCAACUAAUCUUUUCUGCUGUAUAGUUAAAUAUCAUAGAUUCACACAGAUGCUUUAGACUACAUCCAAGUAAAACAAAUCACUCAGCUGAUACACAAACCUAUACUCAUUAGCAGACUGCUCAACAUUUGCCUGCCAUCAAGCUGUCUUCCAUUUGUCUGCUGUUCCUUACUUUUGCUAAUCAAUGCCACUAAGUGUGUCUGUUUCCAUCCCUUGCAUCUAUGACAGUUGUCUUCUCUCUCAGACUUGAUGCUAUAGGGUUUCUACCUUAAUUUUCAAAACUUCAUAUCUCUUGAAGUGCCUUGUCUAGAAGACCCAUUUUGUCUACCAAUUGUUCUGAAAUAAUCCAGAGUGUUUCAGAACCAGUGCACCACACCUGGUUAUCCCUAUCCAGUGUUUCAGAAAGUUAUGGUUGCUACCCACCUCAGACACCUUUUCUCUAUAUUAAUAUUUUAUUUCCAGUGACAGUAGUUCUUGGUAGACUACAUGAUUGAUAGGUGGAUAUAUAUUCAUGCAUUUAGGUGAGAGUUUUCAGUUGGUUACUUUAGCUGGUAAAAGCUCUUAUACUGCUCACUUGAGAAAAUGCACAUGGGUGAAUGUGUUUGUAAGAAAACAAAAUCAAGCUAACUUUAGUAUUAUAGCUAGUGGUACUGGUUUCAACAUAUCUAGGUAUACUAGUAACAUAUAGAGCUAUUAAACUACCAUCUGUAUAAUAUUAACUGUGUGCAAUUUCCAUACUAAGAAGAAAGUGCUGGAUUCUUAACACACUGUUCUUAAGAAACUGUAUAAAACUUUAAAGACCUCCUAUUAUCAUUAGCAAACAUUGAAGCAACAGGGAAACCUUAGAUCAGUGGUUCUUGAUCAGGAUCCAUAUGGCCCCUGGAGGUCCAUAUAGGGUUUUGUUGUUAAAAUUUAUGUGCAAUACAUUGGUUAUUCUUCUACAACACAAUAUAUUUUAACAGUUUUUUUCAUAUAGUCCCUAAUAAUAUUUAAUGAUCAAAAUAUGAAAUUUUUUAAAUACCGAAUGUCUAGGAGGGUCCAUCCAAGUAAAAUAGCAAUCAAAAGGGUCCCAAGGUAAAAAAAAUAGUUGACAAACACUGCUCUAGAUCAUCACUCAACAUGAUAGAAAUAGGAACCAAAUUUUCUUUAAGUCAUACCCUACAUUUUAUAAGAAAAAACAAAUAAGAAUAUGAUUAUGUUGGACAAUGUAGUAUUAGACUCUUGAAUACCGAAAAAAACUUUAAAAAUGUAAGAUUGGUUGGUUGAGGUUGAAAUGCUUUUGAUCGUAGGUUUGCACAAUCAGUCUGGUUUGUUAAAAAAAAAAGACACCAGAGCUAAUGUGCGUGCGUGCACACACACAUCUGUAGCAGCGUCCGUAUUUGGUGAUAUGUUCUAUACUACAACACUAAUUUCUUAGAAAACCAAUUUCCCAGACAAAAUUUUGACUCCUAUUUGGGGCCACUUUACUGAUGCAUGUUAACAAAUGCUUUUAAAACAAAUCAGGAAUGUUUGCUAUUUCCUGUCUACUACAAAUGUAUAAACCAAUAAGAUUCCCAAGUAUGUAUAUACAUAUUAUUUUUAUAAUAAAUUUCAGCAAAAAGUU